AUGGAAGAAGCAUUAGACUUGGAAGCCCAGAACCCUGGGCCCGAUGUGGAUAAAAAACCCAAGGCCAUUAGUGUGCUUGUUGAUAAAACAAGAACGAGAGUUGAGCGAGUCGGGAGAGCUAUAAGAAACAGACUGUCGGUGGGGAAAAUUCCUCUUUAUCUUUACCAGGCAUGGUUGGCCUUCUUCAUGAUUUAUUGUUGUUUGACGAUGUUUACCACAAAGGUGGGUGUCGUGACAUACAAGUACGAUAGCUCACUUAGCUUGAAGAUGAAUCAGACGGCGAACUCUCUAGAACUAGCGAUGGAGGGCUCAACUCAAAAUUUGUCCAGCUUGCUACCACCACAAUGGCCCAACGGAACAUAUACGGUAGGGUUUUUUUUUGUUUGCAGAAAGAACGAUAACUCCAAAAAGGUGUGCUACAAAGGCAAGAAAAUCGAGGAUCUUAUUCUCAAAGAUAUUGGCAUCCAGAUUGCCGAGUACAAUGAAAUGGCAGAUCCGGCUGCGUUUGGCGAAACCUUCUUGGUAACUUAUCGAGAGGUACAAAAGAAUUUGAAGGAGGAGCUGUCAAAAAAAAAACACUGUCGCUACUCCGAAGGCAAGAGAACCUGUGAGUUUGAAGGUCUUACGGUGGAGGAGACUUCUUCCCUUCCUCCUACUAAAGCUGCUGAAAAUCCGCCAUUCGUUUGUCCUUAUCUCUAUCUUGUGCUAGCUGCUUUGUCGUUCAUUUCGUUAUCUUUGGUGUUAUGGGAUGAAGAAGAUGGUGUUGCAGGAAUGGUUAUCGUGUUUUGCACCUUCUUCCAGCCGCAUUUCUUAAUACCGUUUGUCCCCCGAGCUGCACAACUUGCUUCUCAGCCGAUGGUCUACUUCGUCGAUGAAUCAUUUGCAUUCGCUUUCACAAUUUACCUUCUCGAGCCAUCUAUACCAUCCAUGGCGGCCUUUGUCAUUUUCAUUACAAUUUUUGCAACAAUGCCCUAA